AUGUUACUUGCGGCAACAGAGAGCAACGGGCGGCGAUGCAUCUUACGACCAGUGAAAUUCGCUGGCCCCUAUCGGAUAUCGGCGGUUGUUUGCCAAAAUUCUUUAUCUCAGAUCGACGACUCCUCCACAGCCGGCGGUAUAUUCCAGCAUCGGGGUUCUGCCUGGGUUCUCUCGGUCUUCGCGUUGGUCGGUCGUGAUACUGUCUCCAAAAGAGCUGAUGUUUGCCGUCUCAAACAUGGUGUUUGCCUCAAGAAAUGCUGUUUCUUCACGACUGUUUGGACCAACAGUGGCAAGUUGCAACAUAAGGCUUACUGUGAAAAGCAUAGCACAAAUCAGAGGGAAAAGGCUGACACUUACAAGCAUGGGAUUGACGAGUUCAGAUCUCUUAAGCAAGUUAGGCUUGUGAAGAUUCCAUCACUUUUUGAUAUGUUUGUCAUGCCAAAUCUUUAUGGUGGCAUAAUCAACGACCUAUGCACUGGUUUGAUUGGAGGUUUGGGCUUAAAUCCCAACCUGAAAAAAACUUUGAAUGUUCUAAUAUCUGAAGCAGUCGUCGUCAUACUGGUGCCUUUUGCUUCCAUCCACGAAAAAGAUGUAGAGUGUUCUAAGCAUAGGUUGAUGGUGCGAAGGAGAAAUGUGGACGGGAAAUCCGAGUAUUUGAAACGUCCCCCUCUGAAGCUAGAGGACGACUCUUUAUUUGCAAGGUUGUUCACAGAACCUUGCAGUCUAGUAGUAGGAGGACCAUCAGCUCCACCAUGUUUCAAGUUCUCUCAGCAAAGGCUAUUGACUGGAGGUGCACCUUGCUACUGUCAUGCAGGAGGAUCAGUUUACCCUCCGAACCAUUUGGAGGCACCAUUAUGGUGCUUUCGUCAGGGUAAGUUAUUGACGUUGUUUAUUGCAAGUAGUAAAGUGCAGAUACAUGAUAAGUUCCCUUGA